AUGACGUCGUUGGCUUAUUCCAAACCAGGGGAUAUUGUUUUAGCCGGGCUGUUUUCCAUUCAUGAGUUCGGCGGUGAUCGGCAGUGCACGGAUCUCCGAGAGUUGGAAGUUCUGCAAAAGAUUGAGUCCAUGGUGUAUGCCAUCGAACAGAUUAGUUACUACGCGACCAGUGACGAACUAAGCGACGUCAACCGUUUCCCGUUUUUUCUCCGAACAGUACCCCCCGACCGCAUGCAAGUGCAAGCCAUUGUCGAAUUACUUUUGAAAUUUAAGUGGAAUUACAUCUCUAUCGUGAACUCGGACGAAAGCUACGCCAAGAACGGCGUGAAGUAUUUAAAAGCAGAGAUCGCCAAACACGAUGAUAUCUGUAUCGCCACGUCCCUGGAAGUGUCGCGAUUCAACAGCGAGGAAGAAAUCGACGGUAUAGUGAACACUUUGCGGGAACACGGUAACGCCAAAGUUGUGGUUGUUUUCUCGGUUCCCUUAGAAGCAAACAUGUUGAUGUCAGCAGUGCGACGUGCGAAUGCAUCCGAUGAGUUUGUGUGGAUAGCCAGUGAUGCAUGGGGCCCUAAUUUACAUCUGUACGGCAAUCUACCUGCAGCGGUAGGAGGGUUAUUUAUUAAAAUCUACAGUCAAGAAGUUAGAGAUUUUGAAAACUAUUUCAAAUCAUUAAAUACUAAUAACAGACAAAAUAAUCCCUGGUUUGGAAAAUUUUGGGACAGAUACCUGAAGUGCACCUUAACAGACACGUGUUUAGAGAAUCCUUACAUUCCUGGCUUCAGUAAAGAAAGUUUGGUGUCGUUGAUUAUAGACGCUGUUUACACGUUUGCUCAUGGUCUUGAAGCUGCCAGGUACAAUCUCUGUGGAAAACAAUUGACCUGUAUUGAAAUGUACAAUUUAACUGGUGAAGACACAAUUGGAUACUUAAGGAAUGUCAGUUUCGAAGGAACAACCGGGCAAGUGAGCUUUGAUGAAAACGGUGACAUUUUAGGGAAAUACAUCAUCAAAACUCUUCAACAUAUUAACGGGACAUACCAAUUUGUUACAGUGGGCAUCUGGGACUCGUUACGGAUGGCUGAGAAGUUAGAGUUGAAUACCAGCGGUAUACAGUGGAACCAUACAAACGAAGGGGCACAACCUACCCAAGUGCCGAGUUCUGUUUGUAGCGAGCCAUGUCCACCAGGACAUUUUAUAAUUCAAGGCAGUCCUCGUUGUUGUUGGAGCUGUUUUCAGUGCGACGAAGACGAAAUCGCUAUUAAUGGGUCUCUCUGUUUGAAAUGUCCCGAGUUAUACUGGCCAAACGAAGAUUUCACGAGUUGUGAACUAUUGCCGUACGUGUAUUUGAAAUGGUACGAUGCUUGGGGAAUAGCUUUGGCAACCUUAGCAAGUAUUGGGACAGUGUCUACUAUCGUCAUUCUUAUUUUGUAUAUAAAAUACCGUAACCGGUCACUCAUCAAGGCAUCGGGACGGGAACUGAGCUUCAUGAUCAUAUUCGGUGCGUUGUUGUCCUAUCUCAUCAUUUUCCUGUACAUCGGUAAACCCAGUCCCGCCACGUGCGUCAUGUACCGACUGGGAUUCACGUUCAGUUGUGUCCUACUGUACGCGCCACUGAUGACAAAAGUCAAUCGAAUUUAUCGAAUAUUCACCGCUGGGAAGAAAUCUACACGGCGGCCACCGUUAAUAAGUCCAACGUCGCAAGUGGUCAUAGCAUGUAUUCUUAUCCUAUUUCAGGUUGUUAUCAGUCUGGUCUUUGUCAUCCUGGUUCCCCCAGACGCCGUUUACACUCCAUCCGAAACCGACAAGAGGAAAGUAGAGUUGCUAUGCAACAUUCAGACGUCAGAAAUCAUAGCCUCGUUCAGUUACAAUAUAAUUCUAAUCAUUCUUUGUUGUUUUUAUGCCUUCAAGACGCGACAUUUGCCGGACAACUACAACGAGUCGAGAUUCAUUGCGUUUAGUAUUUAUACCACUCUUGUUGUCAGUUUGGCAUUCAUACCAACAUAUUUUGCUAUAAAUAGCGCCAGUUUACGCGUGGUGAUUCUGUCGGUCGCCACUGUAUUAAAUGCCACGAUCACGUUGGUUUUUAUGUACGUACCAAAAAUAUAUGCGGUACAUUUUGUUGGACAGGCUAACGUGAAAGCUUACGGUAGUAGCGGUUCGGAAGGCGGCGUUGCCGGCGCCCGGGUCAGAGUACCGGUGCCACGGCCGCAUAGAGUGUCGCCCGCUGACGUCCCAGGCGCCGAGAACUAUGUCAGUAAUAUGUAG